AUGGCGGUCAACCGAGACGACGCUUUAUCAUUCUUAAACCCAUCAACAUCCACCCCAAUCGCAGUCUUUGAUGGAGACAGCUACCUUCUCGACAAUUCCCAGAUUGGAAGCGCUUCUGGAAGUUUCCAGAACGAGGGUUUUCUCGGCGGCCUCGACGGUGGAAGCAGCGGCAAUGACGCUGAGUUCGGGUUCUCUCGGCCAGAUUUCCGGCAAAGCCCUCUGGUUGGGACUGUUGAGUACUACGAUCGCCAUGAAAGGGGAUAUGAAGAGACAGACUCGCUGAACAAUAUGCGAGGGACAUGA